CCUCUGCGCUGGAUGGACGCUUUUCUGCUUGCUCUCGCUUGCUCUCACUUCUGCUUGCAUUUUUUGCUACUAUCUGCUGCUAUUUUCUUACACAAAGAGCAACAGCUCUUGGAUACUUACCAAACCAGUGGGACUAUAUUUUCUUUUAGAUAACAGAGGCAUUUUUCAAUAUUUUUACGACGUCCUCAACACUACGCGAGGAGGCCUACCAUUCAAGAUAAGCCUGAGCCCGAGCCUGUGCUACAGUGCUAAAGGUAAUCAGCAUAAGAUGCCUCCUUUCUCUACGGAAGAUUACCACAAACUGCUAAAGAAGAUUUUACUGUUGGAAAUAAAAAUGAAUCGGUUGGAAGUGAAUUUAGAAGUGAAUGGACAAUGUGGCUACAACACCACUCUAGCACUCCUGUCGACUGAAAACACUGGACAGCACCAUGCUACAACCCAGCUAACUAGCAACAAUGAAGCUACGAAGAAACGGGAGGUCCCUGUAGAGGGUAAUAAAUCUACCAGUGAAAAUCCUCCCUGGAACACACUUGGUGCAAAGCCAAAGAGAAGACCACCUCCCUGCGACAAGGGAGAAUGGAUAUCUGGCAGGACCCAGCGCCCCGAUAUCUCUGAUCUGACCGGCUGGCCUGCGCUACCAUCUUCAGCCAGGCAUACUGCGUCAUCAACUCCACUGCCACGUAGGACACAGCAGCGGACAGCUGAGAAGAGGAGAACUACCAAUAAACCUCCCCAGCAAGCAAGUGUCCAACUAAAGAACAGGUUUGCCCCACUGUUGAUGGACAAUGGAUCCCCCUCUGAUUGCCUGAAUAACCCACCAUCACCACGCAGAAGGGUGGAGUUGUUGCUGGAAUUUGGGCGCAUUGUGAUCUACACCACCAGCUUCCGCGUGGUCAGAACCACUUUUGAGCGCUGCGAGCUGGUGCGGAAGAUCUUCCAGAACCACAUGUUGAAGUUUGUGGAGAAGAACAUCGCCCUGGACGGCGAGUACGGCAAGGAGCUGGAUGAGCGCUGCAAGCGAGUGGGAGAGCCUCCAUCGCUGCCUGUGGUCUUCAUAGACGGACACUACCUCGGGGGAGCUGAGAAGAUUCUGGACAUGAACGAAUCAGGAGAGCUGCAGGACCUUCUAACAAAAAUUGAGCGGGUGCAGCACCCCCAGACGUGCCAGAUCUGCGGGGGCUUCGCCUUCAUCCCGUGCCCGACGUGCCAUGGCAGCAAGAUGUCCGUGUUCCGCAACUGCUUCACGGACUCCUUCAAAGCCCUCAAGUGCACUUCCUGCAACGAGAACGGACUGCGGCCUUGUGGGAGCUGCAGCCAGUGAGCAUGUCAAGUGCCUGAUCCCCACCCACCACCACCACAACUCUCGCUUUUCUUCCGGGACUCUCUCCAUCCUCCACGGCCAUUUGUCAUAAACUAAAAGGCAAAACUUUGUAAUAAAACAUUUUGUGCAAUGGCUCCUUACAUGACUUACACUGGGCAACACAUGGUCGCUGUAGUUUAUUGCACACAUCAUGUACAUAACAUAUCACCCUAAUCUCUGUGACUACACCCCCUGCUGGCGGUAAACCGUAUAGAAACCGUUAUGGACACUUGCCUCUGAACAUUCAUUUACACAAUUAAAAAAAACAGCAAUACACAAAUGAUGGAUGCUUGUUUCUUAGCAUCAGUAGCAAGUAAUGAAGAUGUCAGGUUUAAACACUGAUGACAUCUAUUAAACAAGACAAGAAGCAAAGAAUCAAACAGAGGCAGAAUUAAAUUUUGCUCAAUUGGAGGAGAAACGUGUCGACCUGUAACCUCUUACAGUGUCACCCACGCUCCGGCGAAAGAUUGUACGCCACCUCUUUUUAUUUGGACUUUCCCUGUU